AUGGCCGACCAGGACUUUUACACCGUGCUCGGCGUUGCCCGUAACGCCAGCAACGAGGAAAUCAGAGGAGCCUUCCGCAGGAAGGCUAUGGAAUUCCAUCCAGACCGGAAUAAGAACCCCGACGCCGAGGAACGAUUCAAGGAAAUCAACGAGGCUUACCAGGUUCUCUCCGAUACAAAGAAGCGGGGUCAGUACGACCGCUUCGGCAAGGCCGGAGUAAACGGCGGCGCUCAGGGCGCUGGCAGUCCCUUUGAUGGAUUCGAGGGAUUCGGCGGGUUCGGCGAUAUUUUUGAUUCCUUCUUCGGCGGCGCCUCCGCGAACAUGGGACGCCAACCCCGGAGAGGCGGUGACCUUCAGCAGCAGGUAACCCUCAGUUUCGAAGAGUCGGUGUUCGGAGCCCAUCGGGAAGUCGAUAUAAGCCGCCUGGAGCCUUGUAAUCAUUGCUCCGGGGCCGGAAACGAGCCUGGCACCUCGGUCGACGCCUGUGCGGACUGCCGUGGCAGUGGCCAGGUACGCCGUUCCCAGCGCAGCGUUUUCGGCCAAUUCACCCAGGUGGCGCCCUGCCACGCCUGCAGGGGACGCGGAAGUAUCGUCAACUCUCCCUGCAGCAUCUGCCGCGGGGGAGGACGCGAGCGGCGGAAGCGGCGGAUUGAGGUCAAGAUUCCCGGCGGAGUUGACAGCGGAAUGCAGGUCAGGCUCAACGGGGAAGGCGAUGUCGGAAGCGAUGGCGGAGGUUCGGGCAAUCUCUACGUUUCCGUCAACGUGCAGGAGCACAACUUGUUCCAGCGCGACGGUACGGACAUCGUCUUCAACCUGCCUCUAAACAUCGCCGAGGCAGCCCUCGGGGUCGAGAAGACCAUCCCCACCGUCGACGGAUUCGAUGAGGAGCUGAAACUGCCGCAGGGGACUCAGCCAGGGGCCGAGUUCCGCAUUCGGAACAAGGGCGUACCUCACCUGCACUCGAACCGCCGCGGCGAUAUGCGUGUGCACGUAGACGUCCGGAUACCAAGCUCUCUCAGCGGACAUCAGCGGGAAUUGAUGGAAGAACUGGCACGUUCAUUCAACGGCGACGAGCCAACGAGGCCACGCAACGGAAAGGGUCGAAAGCGUUCCCGCAAAAAAGAAACGGAAGAACCCGUCCAGAACGACCAGAACAGCGACGACUCUGCGGAUAAAGGCCUCUUCGACCGAAUUAAGGAAGCCUUUUAG